AUGGCUUACAUCUCUCUCCCUAAACACUCUCUACCCUCUCUACUUCCCACUCAUAAACCCAAAACAACAUCUUCUCAAAACCUCCCAAUUUUGUCCAAGUCAUUACAGUCACAGUUCUAUGGCCUCAAGUUCUCCCAUUCUAGUUCUCUUUCAACCCCAUCUCCUUCUUCGUCAGUGAAGACUACCAUUUUUGCCAAGGUAAACAAAGGACAGGAACCACCAUCCUUCACAUUGAAAGAUCAGGAUGGGAAGACUGUGUCCCUCUCCAGAUUCAAGGGGAAGCCUGUGGUUGUCUACUUUUACCCUGCUGAUGAAACCCCUGGCUGCACCAAACAGGCCUGUGCUUUUAGAGAUUCUUAUGAGAAGUUCAAGAAAGCAGGCGCUGAGGUUGUUGGAAUUAGUGGUGAUGAUUCAUCAUCGCACAAGGCAUUUGCCAAAAAAUACAGACUUCCAUUUACAUUGCUGAGCGACGAAGGUAACAAGAUAAGGAAAGAGUGGGGAGUGCCAGCAGACCUGUUCGGAACAUUACCUGGGAGACAGACAUAUGUUCUGGACAAGAAAGGGGUGGUCCGACUUAUCUACAACAAUCAGUUCCAACCGGAAAAGCAUAUUGAUGAAACUCUGAAACUACUUCAAAGCCUUUGA